AUGAAGAGCGAAGCAAACUCGGCGGUAACAACAAGUGAUGAUCUAUCAGAUCCGAAUAAUCUGAGAAGAGUUCAUUCCAUUGAGGCAAUACUGGGUAUCAAAAACGGAGAGAACUUUCAUCAGCAACAUCCAUUUGCGGUACAAUUUUUCCCUUCGGCAAUGCCAAUGCAUCACACAAGCAAAAAACGACAUUCCGAUGGACCCUAUCCAGAUGCGAAGGCAGUUCGUCGCGUUAGUGAUGAAACCGAUGCACUGAGUAAUAGUAAAAGUAAUGGCAAUUCGGAUGAUGAUCUUGAUGAUGAUAAUGACAGUCUUGAUCACUGUUUAACAAAUAGUCAACAUAGUUCGAAGAAGAAACAUCGACGAAAUCGGACAACAUUUACAACAUUUCAAUUGCAUGAAUUAGAGCGUGCUUUUGAAAAAUCUCAUUAUCCUGAUGUAUACAACCGGGAGGAAUUAGCAGGUAAAAUUAGCCUACCUGAAGUUCGAGUACAAGUUUGGUUUCAAAACCGUCGCGCUAAAUGGCGUCGACAAGAAAAAGCUGAGGCGAAUACAUUAAAAAUCAAUCCGGAUUUUCCGAUGUCGAGUUUUCCAGCCACGACGAAGACGAAUCCGAACGCGUCUGCCUCAUCACCCUCAUGUUCAUCAUCAUUACCCAUCGAUCCGUGGCUUGUUAAUCCAUUCACAUCAUCGAAUGGAUCGAACAAUGCCAGUAAUAUUCCAUUUUUCCCCGCGAAUUGUAACGUCUCAUCACUUUAUUCGUCGUCAAACUAUCCAACUCCACCGCUUCAUCAUCCUCCGUACGGUUCGUUUUCAGAUGCGAAUGAAAUUUUAAAUGAAACAAAUAAUAAUAACAGUUCAAUUGCUCACUUACGUAUCAAAGCCAAAGAAUACAUGAAUGCAAUCAUUGGCACAACAAAUAACACGGAAAAUCACCUUGCAUGGCCGCAAGGUGUAUAA